UUUCCCCAAGUUUCUGGAUUCUUGUAAGUCCGCUUCGCACUUGAAUGGAGUAUUGCGUUGGACAGGCAACGGGAAGCGCACUUUAACGGGUCCCAAUUCAAGUCUGCAAGCCACGAUGGUGCUCUACAUCGACGACCACGACGACCGGAAUGGAGCCGCCGACGUCGACAUGGGCGAGCCCAUCGAGGGCAUGGCCGACUGGCGCCGCCAGCUCCACGCCCACGACAGCAUCGACGUGCAGAACGUAUUUGGCACCUGGUGUGCGGCCAUGCUCCUCGAGGCGACGUCGUCGUCCGUGCGAGUGCGCUUCCACAACAUGAACCCGGCGUGGGACGCGUGGUAUCCCAAGCACUCGCGCUGCCUCGCGCCGUCCUCGACCAAGGCCAGCAACGACGCGCUGCCGUUCACGCCGGCGCAGACCGUCGACCUCUUCUUGCACACCGAGUGGAAGACCGCGAGCGUGCUGCGCGUCCGCACCGACGAGGUCUUUGUGCGCGUGGCCGGCCAAGAACGAUGGGUGCCCUUCCAGCCGUCCUGGCUCGCGCCGCACGGCUGCCACACGGCCGCGCCCGUCCCGUCGGAGCACAUCAUGAUCCAACACACACGCCGCGCCGUGACCACAGGGUCCGCCUUUGACAUGUACUGCGCGGCGCUAUCCCAGCACGAGCUCGAUCUCGUCCAGGUGCCUGGCGAUGGCAACUGCCUCUUCCGCGCCAUUAGCCACCAGGUGUACGGUGACGACCAGCACCACGCCGUCGUGCGGGCGAGCUGCAUGGACUACAUGGAGGCAGCGAAGGCCUACUUUGAGCCAUUUGUCGUCGGGGACAUGCCGGCGUUUCUGCGCUACGUGGCGCACAAGCGAACGCAGGGAGUCUGGGGCGACGACCCGGAGCUCCAAGCGCUCUGCGAACUCUACGACCGGCCGCUCUAUGUGUUUGUGCAUGACCCGCGCGUCGGCGCCAGCGUGCUGCGAACGUUCCACGAAGCGUCGACCAACCCCCGUCCGCCGAUGCGUGUGAGCUUUUACGGCGGCGGCCAUUACGACUCGGUCGUGCACCGCCGCAGCCACGCCCUGCACCUCCUGCGAGACCCGCCGGGAACGUACGAGGCACUGCGCCUCGCCGACAUGCAGCGGCACCUGUCGGAAGAGAGUGACGCCCUCGAGCGAUCGCGCCUCGAGUUUCACGGCCAAAGCUCGCUCGAAGACGCGUUCGCUGCGUCUGUUGCUGCGUACGAAGCGCACGUCGCAUCGACCGUGGAGGCGAGCGAACUGGCCACUGUCCAAGCCGAGAGCGAGCGAGACGCGCUCCAGGCAUCGCUACUCAGCAGUGCGCAAGCCGCGUCGGAGCACGACCUCCUGCAGCAAGCCCUCCAAGCGUCGCUCCAGGACGCUCCAGUGGCCAUCAAGAAAAAUGAGGACGACGACGAAGCCCUUCUCGCUGUGGCGCUGCAAGCGUCGCUCGAGCCGACAGCGUCGCUGGAUCCUUACGACGAAGCACUGCGGCGAGCGCUCUCAGAGUCGACGCAAAGCUACGCAGACGACGACGACGACGCGCUCCAGCUCGCGAUCCAGCAGUCGCUACUGUAGCACAAGAGUACUUUGGUUGGAUACAGUUUUGCCACUUGAGGGUCAAGGAGUGUUUUUGAGGA